CCCAGGCCGCUGAGCCUUUUAUGCGCCGCCGGAACCGUGACGCGCAGGGCGGGGGGUGGGCGGACGAGCCGAGCGGUCGGGUCCACUGCAACCGCAGGGGAGGGGGAGCGGAGCCGGCCGGGUCCACGCGCCUGCGGGCGGCGGGGGGAGCGCGCAGCCGCGGGCCCCCACCACUGCGCCCGCCCCCGGGGAUCGGGCGGGCACCGCGGACCCCGCGCGGGGCUCCUCCUCGGAGCGCGCCGGGGUCGGUUGGAGUCCGGCAUGGCCCCCAGCCGAGCGGCGCUACUGCUGCCGCCUCUGAUGCUCCUGCUGCUGGCAACCCCUGCCCAGGUCUCCCCCGACUACCAUUACUUUGGCGAGCAGGGCGAAGGCGACACCUGGGAGCAGCUGCGGCUGCAGCAUCAGGAGAAAGAGGAGGGCAUGGGAGUAGAUCCCCUCUACCUGGCUCUCCAUCCCUAGAGGUGGAGAACUCGCUCUUUGGCCCGUGGGGAAAGUGGCGCUGUUUGUGUGACGUGGGCAAGCAGGAGCGCAGCCGCGAGGUGGUGGGCGCAGCCCUGGGCCCGGUGUUCAUGGACCGCGAGAACCUGGUGCAGGUGCGGCCCUGCAGGCAACGGGAUUGUUCAUCCUGCAAGCCGAUGGACUGCGACUGGAGGCCCUGAGCCUGGGUGAGAGACGGGCGCAGAGGAGGCGGGGCCGGGG